AUGUCCACCUGCGCACCAUCACCAUUUGACCACCAAAAAGCUGACAUUAUCCUGCGGUCCUCAGAUGGGGUCGAUUUCCGUGUCUUCAAGCUUUUCCUCACCCUCGCCUCCCCAUUCUUCGAAAUUAUGUUCGAACUUCCCAACCGGCGAUUCUGCUAUCCCUCCACAUUGGCAGAAGAUCCCUCUCUUGAGAGCCUGACAGACAUUCAGGCUAUCCUCGGGGCUGCGAGGAAGUACUCGCUGGACCUGAUAGAGAGAAAAGUAUGUCAGGCUCUAGCCAAUCCCAAGGUUCUCGAGGUAGAGCCACUUCGCUGCUUCGCGAUAGCGAGGAAUGCACGGCUCAAACAUGAAACCAUCACCGCUGCCAGAUACACCCUACAACAGCCUUUGAUUCCCGCGUGGUUCGCAGAGAUCGAACUGAUCACCGCGUCCGACCUUCUCGCUUUACUCACGUACCACAAGAAGUGCGGCAUCGCGGUAGAACCAUUGCUGGCCAACUUGGAUUGGGUGAUGAGCCAUUACGGCAGUUCAGGAGGCUGUAAUUGGUUGUUCCUUCCCCAGAUCCCGGGCUCAAAGUCCAACUGCCAAUGCGGCCGGAGCACCGAAGCCAAAUUCAAGUUAUGGGCACCCGCUCCGGUCUUGUGGUGGGCCACUUAUAUGAACGAAACAUUCGAGUUAUUGAGGGAUAUCCCCUCUGGUGAUGUCGCGAGGUCGGAGGCAGAGAAGACGAUACAGAAGGUCAGGAGUGCGGGCUGUACUACUUGCUCUUCCCAGGUCAAAGCGAAUAUGGAAGAGUUCAGCAACUUGCUCGCCCUCAACGUUGAGAAGGCAACUGCUUCGAUUGAGCUAGAGAUGGACUUCUGA